GGGCUUGCGUGCGUCGUGACGUCCGUGCAUGUUGCCGACGGCGUUGGCAGGUUUGCGCGUGCGUGGCAGUUGGGAGCCCGGGGUUGAGGUGGUCGCUGCUGCUUGUGGUCGUUCAGCUGCUGUUCCCACGCCUUCAGACAUCCCGGUGCUGGCGAGAGGAUGUCAUCCGGAGCCGGCCAGGCCCCCGAGCCUGACCUGACGCGGGCGGCGGCGUUGCUGCGGCUUGUCCACCUGGUGAAGUACGAGAACCUGGUGGCCGGGAUCAGCGGCGGAGUGGUGUCGACGCUGGUGCUGCACCCGCUCGACCUGGUCAAGAUCAGGUUCGCAGUGAGUGAUGGCUUGCAGAUGAGGCCAAAAUACAAUGGAAUUCUGCAUUGUAUCAAGAGCAUCUGGAAAGUUGACGGAAUUCAAGGGCUUUACCAAGGAGUAACCCCCAAUGUCUGGGGCGCAGGAUUGUCUUGGGGAUUAUAUUUCUUUUUUUAUAAUGCCAUCAAGGCUUACAAGCAGGAUGGAUUUCCAACGCAGCUUAGUGCUACUCAGCACCUCAUCUCAGCUGCUGAAGCUGGUGCAAUGACUCUUUGCAUUACAAAUCCAAUUUGGGUGACAAAGACACGAUUGGUUCUGCAGUACAAUGCAGCUGUUGAUCCAUCAAAGAGAGCAUACAAAGGCAUGUUUCAUGCCCUUUUGAAAAUAUAUCAAAAUGAAGGUAUUCGUGGGCUUUAUAAGGGAUUUGUGCCGGGACUUUUUGGAACAUCGCACGGAGCUCUCCAGUUCAUGGCUUAUGAGGAGCUGAAGAAAGAAUAUAAUAGUUAUAAGAAUCUGGCAGCAAGUGAAAAACUAAACACCUUAGAAUACGUAACUAUGGCAGCAUUGUCCAAAGUAUUUGCUGUGUCAGCAACCUAUCCGUAUCAAGUGAUACGUGCUCGGCUGCAGGACCAACAUACCCAGUACUCAGGAGUAACGAAUGCCAUACGGAGAACAUGGAGGAAUGAAGGCAUUCAUGGAUUUUACAAAGGAGUCCUUCCAAAUGUGGUCAAAGUGACACCUGCAUGCUGCAUUACAUUUCUGGUGUAUGAAAAUGUUUCACAAUUUUUAUUUGGUUUGCGACAAUCGUGAACCAUGGACUAUUGACAAAACUUGAAUCAUUAAGUCGUAUUGUCUCAGAAAACUAAAAUCAGCAGGCAUGAGGAGAACAUCAGGUGCUUUCUAAUUACUACUUGCAGCAUCCCUGGUUACAGUAGUAUUUCAGCACCACAGUUAAAAUAAUAUUUAUUUAACUUAAUAAAUCUGAAAUGCUUGCAGAUAAAUUAUAAGUGCAAUUCUAAAUUUUUAAAGAUUAUGUUAAUUCCAGGAUAAAAUGUGUAAUAUUUGAUACUUGUCCUUUACUGAAAUCAAUGUGUUGACACUAUAAUCAACAAGUAACUGUUAUCAAGUAGUGUCAAGCUGAAUUGAUGAAAAACAAUGGUUUCUUUUAUAGUCCUGCAAUAUUUUGUAAUAAAAUACAUCUGGUUGUGGAUUGUUACUCAGGAGAUCGCAUCAUUCAAAAUGUAAUUUAAUAAGUAAAGUUAACUAUGACUUAACAGGAGAUAUUUACAUAUCAUGCUCUGGGAACAUUUACAACCUUACAUGUGAAUGUACUAUCAUGUCACUAAAUCUAGUUAUUGCUUUGAAGGUUGCUACAGGUAGGAGAACUGAAUAAAAGUUAUAAUUAUAUCUCCAUUACCAACAAUUUUAUGAAAGAAAGAGCUUGAAUAAUGUGUUGAUCCUGAUAGCCUUCAUUAAUCCAUUAUGAGUGCUAUUCCGUUUCCUACAACAUGAUUUGGAUAGUUAUAUUGAAGCUUCCUUGUUGGUCUCAGUUGAUUACCAUCAAAUGAGUUAAGUAUCACUUCUGGAGAUGGAUUUUCUUCAAUAGCACAUGAACCUUUUUUGAAUCAUAAUAUUUUAAGAUGUUGGGGAAAGAUUCAGUUGGAAUAAAUCUGAACAGUUAUAUCACUUCUUGCAUUGUCAUUAAAUAUUUUGUUGGAUAACAGAUUAGAAAUAACAAGCUAGAAAUAACUAGAACUUGUGAGUUCUAGUCUCACAAAAAACUUGUGUUGUCAAAUCUUCCAAGUUGCUUUUUAUUUAAAAAUAUUGAAGUCUUAUUUCUACAUCAUCUUCUACAAAUGCUCAGAAAUACGCAAAUCAUGUUAGUUUUGCACUUUUCUAACACUAAGCAGCACAAUACUUGUCAAAAAAAUACUGGUGGUUUAAAUUUCAAAUUAAUCCAAAGGUUAAUAAAGUAUAUAGAUGAU